UUUCUGUGGGCAAAAUUGUGCAACCCCCUGUGUGCCUUUUAGACAAGCAAUCUAGAAUCCAGCAGAGGUUCCUCAAGAAAGAGGCACUAAACUUGUUCUGCAUCUGAUAGUGUGAUGGCUAUCUGGGGCUCUUAGUAACACCGAGCUCACCUUUUUGGGGCCAGGCUUGCCACAUUUGGCAUCACCAGCCCUCACUAGUCUGAACCAUUUUAAUGUCCAUUCAUUGAAAUCUACCCCUCUGGUCCCAGCUGGUCACUUCUCCUAGUUCAUCUCUCUGUGCCUUUUGGGAGCUAUACUUGAAGUUUCUUUCUGAGUGGAAUAAGUGGCAAGAAACUUUCCUGAAGCAUGGAGCAUUUACCAGAGAGCACAAGGCCUCUUCGCAGAGCUGGGUUAAGAGUCCAGAUCUACUGCCAGGACAAUCUGUUUCCAAAGAUACAAGAAGUCGUGUUAGAUGCAUGGUCUGCCUACUCGAAGCCGGUGCCUUCAAGCUGCAGUGAGCUCCUGACUUUGUUUCUUCAGUGCUGCUGCAUUGCUUUGCUGACAGGUGGCCUCCUCUACAACUGGAUGUUCUCCUCACUUGAGUAUCCAUUUCACCUCUCCUUUGCAACUGCGGUUUCCUUCAGUCUGCUACUUCUACUGAUCCUCUUCUUGGUGCAUCCUAUCCGCUGCAUGUUCACCAUAAUCAUACCUACGUUGGGCACUAAACAAGGCCGGAGGCUGCUCUUGUCCACCUGCUUCAUGAUCGUGGCAGUUAAUAUCUUACCAAACAUCAUGGACAACAUUAAAACCAUACUGCAGGUUAUUAAAUGCAUUUGCAAGGAUUCCUCAGACAGCCUUUUGAACUCAACAACCCUGCUGGGAAAAGCUUCCAUGCAGUUUGGUCACCAGAUCAAAGAAGUCACUGACAAAAUGGCAGAUAACUCUCUGAAGCCCAGGAAUGGACAUUUUCAGUAUGCUGUGAAUCACAGUAGUUCCUUGGUAAGGGACCAAGUGCUAAUUGCUAGUCAGAAGAUCAAGGAUGAUUUCUCUGCUGUCGAAUUGCUGGUCAAACAGGCAUUGCUGGUAGCCAACAGGGUGGCUGCUGGCUUCUUCCUUUUCUAUCUCCUUUUUGAGUCCGCUUGGUAUUUGAAAAGCUAUCUCACCAACCUCCGAUUUGACAAUAUUUACAUCACCAAAAAGCUGGAGGACUUGGCUGUGGACAAGAAAGCAGCCCAUCUGCUGACACGCUCACCCAAAAAACUGAUCAGAUCCACAGGCUUGAAGCUGUCCCGGGAGGAAAAGAUGGUGUGCCUGGUGCGCAUGAUGCUCCUCACUUUGGUCCUGAUGCUGACAGCGGUAAUCAUAGCAACGGACUACAUCGCCUUCCACUUGGCAGAUACAGCAAUGAAUGAGGUGGCUCAGUUUCCCAGGGUGCCCAUAACGCUCAAUAUUAAAUAUGAUGCUAAAAUAAACAUUCUGCCCUUUAUCUGGAAAAUUUUCAAUGGAGUCACUUCUGGAGAACAAUCCAUUGUGAACUUCGAAAGAACUUACCAGCAGAAUCUGACCUUCAUUUCUGCCGAUUGCACAAUAAAAUGGCCAAGCCCCCCCAACAACUUUGUGGCCCUUGCUGUCGGAAUGCUCUAUUGCAUCAUCUAUGCCAUGAUCUUUCUGGAAACUUAUGCACAACGUUUGUGCCGAAAAAUCUCUGCCUCCUUCUUUGAGAGACAAGAAGAGCGGAGAGUCGAGCACCUCUACAGGGAGCUAUUAAGGAAACAACAAGAAGGAGCAGCAACUGAAGCAGGGGAUUUGUAAAUCUCCGGCAUGCUAGCAUUCCUGGGAUGCUAUGACAGGAGAUGACAAGGACGCUUUAGGCGCUAUGCCAUGACAAUCUUUUUUUGGAUCGUUCAGCCUGGGUUUUGUCUUCAAAGUCAGGGGUAGGGAAUAUAUGGAAUAUGGGCACAAAACCACAAACAUCUCAAGAUCUGAGGGUUUUGUAUUUUGCUUUAGUGUUGCAAAAAUGGCCAAGUUUUAUGGUUACUUUUUUUUUUUUCUCAGCUCCAGGACCAUUUUACAACAAAAGUGGUUCUAUUAUAAGCAAAAAACCCCAACAUGUUCAAGAUUUCAAAUUUUAGCCUGAUGCAAAGCAAAUUUGGCCUCAAAACAUGCAAAAAUGAAAACAAUUUUGCAUAUUUUUAUGCAAAAACCAUAAAGUCACAAAAAUGUCAAGAAAAGCACAAUUUGACUCUAAUAAAAUGUCCUGGAAUUAAAUUUUGCAAAAAGAUCAUGCUGUUUUUGCCCAGCCCUAGCCAGAAUGUAUUUGUGUAAAGUUAUAGUCUGUUUCACUUGUGCUAUGUUAAAUAUUUAUACAUUUUGAGAGAGAAAUUGCUUAAAACUUUAUUGAUCUAUGGGGAGAAAUAUGUAACUUCCUGUCCAAUGAUUGGCAUUGGCAUGGAACGUCCUGGUUAUUGUCUAUUCUUCACUAGGGGUGAUGUAACCCACAGCCACUCAGUGUCUCCUCCUAGUGGUGACUGGGCCACAUACAGAAGUUGAUGAGCCUGUUGCAGCCUCAGUUAACACAUUUAGCUCAGGCAAUAGAGGCUUACACUUUUAGAUCCAGAGAUCCCAGAUGCAGACACACCCAGAGAUAUGUCAUAACACUGACACUAAAUGAAAGUGGGGUUUCAACAACUGACCUGCCGUUAUCAAGCACUAUAGGGUAUGUCUAUGCUGCAUUUUGGAGUGAGCCUCCCAGUGCAGGUUGACAGACUCCGGGUAGCGGGGCUCAGGCUGUGAAGCCCACCCCCCGGCUUCAGAGCCUGAACUUCUGCCUGAGUCACAACUUCCCAGCUUUGUGCUAUUUUUAGAGCGCUAGUGCAAGCUCCUCUAGCCUGAGUCUGUUGACCCAGGCUGGGAGGGACUACCCCCGUGUAUUCACACCUCCACACUAUUGUAAUAAUUUUUGUACAAAGUAUGCCUUGCAAGGAUGUCAUUGGAAAACUCAAUUUACUGGUCAGUAUUGUCCUAAUAAAAUAUGUGUGACAAAGUU